AUGGCGGAGAAGAAGGACGCGACGCGCACGCUUGGUGUCGGAGAGCUAGAAUGGCCGCGGAAGAUAUUUCAUUCGAGUAUAGGUCCAUUAGCAAUCGGACUCUAUGUUAGUAAGAUUUCGAUGACGCACAUUCUGCGCAUUCUCACGAUCACUCUCUUGGUUAUUCUCGUUAUUGAUCUCUUCCGCUUGCGUUCUACUACAAUUGGCAAGGGGCGUUUCGCGAAUGCGUACGAAUCUGUGGUGGGUACGCUGAUGCGCGAGAGCGAGCGCCAGAAACUCAACUCAACUAUUUGGUAUCUCCUCGGUGCGAUCAUAUCAGUAGCGUCAUUCAAACGCGAUGUGGCUAUUGCGUCUAUAUCUAUCCUUGCUUUCGCAGACACUAGCGCAUCUACGGUGGGAAGAGUGUUUGGUAGAUACACUGUUAGGUUGCCCUCGCCGCCUUUCGCCGAGAAGAAGAGUCUGGCUGGGUUCUUGGCAGCUUUCGCUGCUGGCGCUUUUGUUAGUUGGCUAAUAUGGGGUUGGCAGGUCGUUGACGGUGGGUCUAUUGCUGAGGCUGGUCGUCACUCUUUGGAUACACUUAGCUGGAAUGCAUCGGGUAAACUCACUUUGCCAUCUUUGAUGCUCGCUGUCGGCGCUAUUAGCGCUUUUACUGAGUCGCUCGAUGUCCAUGGCCUCGAUGACAACCUUACGCUGCCUGUAUUAUCGGGUCUGCUUAUUACUCUCUUGCUCAAGUAG